GGCGCAGUCGCGGCGCCUUGCGGCUGUCAUGGCGGAAGCUGUCUGGAACACUGACACCGGGGAGGCUGUCUAUCGCUCCCGGGACCCCGUGCGCAACUUGCGCCUCCGAGUCCACUUACAAAGAAUCACAUCGAGCAACUUCCUCCAUUUCCAGCCUGCUGCCCAGCGCGGGAAGGACCUCAUAGACUUGGCCACUUUCAGGCCUCACCCAACCGCCAGUGGACACCGCCCAGAUGAAGAGGAAGAGGAGGAGGUCUUGAUUGGAUGGCAGGAGAAGCUCUUUAGCCAGUUUGAAGUAGAUCUGUACCAAAAUGAAGCAGCCUGCCAGAGCCCUCUGGAUCAUCAGUACCGUCAGGAGAUCCUAAAGCUGGAGGAUACAGGAAGAAGGAAGAACCGACGAAUCUUCACCUACACGGACUCUGAUAGAUACACCAACUUGGAGGAGCACUGUCAGAAAAUGACCACUGCGGCCAGGGAGGUGCCAUCAUUCCUGGUCGAGCGAAUGGCAAAUGUCAGGCGGCGCCGGCAGGACAGGCGAGGGAUGGAGGGCGGCAUCCUCAAGUCACGAAUUGUCACCUGGGAACCCUCAGAAGAAUUCAUCAGGAGCAACCAUGUCAUCAACACCCCUCUUCAGACCAUGUACAUCAUGGCAGACCUGGGGCCCUAUGGCAAGCUCGGCUAUAAGAAUUAUGAACAUGUCCUCUGUACUCUGAAGGUGGACAGCAAUGGUGUGAUCACAGUAAAACCUGACUUCACUGGUCUCAAAGGACCCUACAGAAUUGAGACCGAGGGGGAGAAGCAGGAGCUGUGGAAGUACACCAUCGACAAUGUGUCCUCCCUCGCGCAGCCGGAGGAGGAGGAGCGGGAACAGCGUGUGUUCAAGGAUCUCUAUGGCCGGCACAAGGAGUACCUCAGCAGCCUGGUGGGCACCGACUUCGAGAUGACUGUCCCCGGCGCCUUCCGGCUCUUUGUGAAUGGAGAGGUAGUUUCAGCCCAGGGCUACGAGUAUGACAAUCUCUACGUCCACUUCUUUGUGGAGUUACCAGCUACUAACUGGUCAAGCCCGGAGUUCCAGCAGCUCUCGGGAAUAACACAGACCUGUGCCACCAAGUCCCUGGGAAUGGACAAAGUGGCCUACUUCUCCUAUCCAUUCACAUUUGAGGCCUCCUUCCUCCAUGAGGACGAAUCAGCUGAGGCUCUCCCAGAGUGGCCUGUGCUCUACUGCAAGGUCCUCUCCCUGGACUUCUGGCAGAGGUACCGUGUGGAAGGCUACGGGGCUGCGGUGCUGCCUACCACCCCAGGCUCACACAUCCUGACAGUCUCCACGUGGAGACCCAUGGAGCUUGGCACAGUGGCGGAGCUGAGGAGGUUCUUCCUUGGUGGUUCUCUGGAACUGGAGGACCUGUCCUAUGUGCGGAUUCCAGGGACCUUCAAGGGGGAGCGUCUGAGCCGCUUUGGGCUCCGAACAGAGACCACAGGUAGCGUCACCUUCCGCCUGCACUGUCUGCAGCAGUCCAGGGCCUUCAUGGAGUCCAGUUCCCUCCGGAAAAGGAUGCGGAGUGUGUUGGACCGUCUGGAAGGAUUCAGCCAGCAGAGUUCUGUUCACAAUGUGCUGGAGGCCUUCCGUCGCGCCCGGCGCCGUAUGCAGGAGGCCCGAGGAAGCCUUCCCCAGGACCUAGUGAGCCCCUCGGGAACCGUGGUCUCCUAGUUUACUGCAGCUCUGUCCCUCUGAGCAAGAGGAUACGGCGGGCCAUAGCCAAGGCCGGUGCUCUCCCACCUCCACACCCUCCUUAUUAGAGAUGUCAUUAGAGAUGUACCAAUAACCGGAAGAGCUGAGGAAACCCCAGGCCAGCCCCUCUGCCUA